AUGGCUAUGAUUUCAUUCAAACAGAAAAUGGUGAAGAAAUCUUUGUAUGGCCUCAAGAAGGCUCCUAGAGAAUGGUAUGACAAGCUGCAUUCAAUAUUGGUUUCUCUUGGUUAUGGUGCUUCUGCUGCUGACACUUUUAUGUUUGUGCAAGUUCAAGGAAAAUUCAUCACUAUUGUUCUUGUUUAUGUUGAUGACAUAUUAUUAACUGGAAACUCAGCUGCUUUUUGUUCUGCAUUGCUCAAGACUUUAACUCAGCAAUUUCUUGUUAAAGACUUAGGGGACCUUCAUUUUUUUUGGGCGCUUGAAGUUAAGAGGAAUGCAACUGGGUUAUUCAUCUCAGAUGGUGAUCCUCUUGAAAAUCCUACUGAAUACAGAUAUUUGGUUGGAGCUUUACAGUACUUAACCUGGACUAGGCCUGAGCUAGCUUAUUCUGUCAAUCAGGUCUGUCAGUUCAUGCACAAACCUACUUCUGUUCAUUCUGUGGAUGCUAAGAGAAUCCUCAAGUAUGUCAAAGGCAUUCUGGAUCAUGGUUUGUUCAUCUCCAAAGGAUUACAGGUUCUUCAAGGUUUCAGUGAUGCUGAUUGGGCUGGUUCCCCUGAUGACAGAAGAUCAACUACUGGGUUAUUGCUCUCUCUAGCAUCCAAUCUUGUUUUCCGCAGUAAAAUAAAGCACAUGGCUUUGGACUUCCAUUUUGUCAGAGAAUUGGUGCAAGCUAAGAAUUUGAGGGAUUCCCAAGAGUACGAAGAUGCAUUGCAACAAUGGAUCCAAAAGCUUCGAAUACGGCCUGACUCAAAAGUUGUUGCAGACAUUAUGAUUGGAAAUGCUGACAAGGUGGUCUAUCAAAGCCAGUGCAUUCUUAAAAUGCAGCAACUUGUUGUCUACUUUAUUGUUUUUUCAAAGUACUAA